CCGGCCCGUGCUCGGGCAGCAUGAGGGGAAGGCUGCUGCGGGCUUGGCGGGAGGGAGCCGCCGCCGCUCGCGGGCUGGCCGAGCGCGGGGCCCCCCGGGGGAAGCCCCCGUGGCGGGUCCUGUUCUUCGGCACCGACGACUUCGCCGCCGAGUCCCUGAGGGCGCUGGAGGCCGCCAGGGAGCCCAGGGAGGAGCCGCUCAUAGACAGGCUGGAGGUGGUGACCCUGCCAUCCGCUUUGCCGAGGGGGCUUCCUGUGAAAAACUGCGCUAAACAGUUUCAACUCCCAACCCAUGACUGGCCGGAUACAGGACCCAGUGGCCAGUUUGAUGUCGGGGUGGUGGCAUCGUUUGGGCGCCUUCUGAGUGAGGACCUCAUUCUUCAGUUUCCAUAUGGCGUGUUGAAUGUCCAUCCCAGCUAUCUCCCAAGGUGGCGUGGCCCAGCACCGAUAGUCCACGCAGUGCUUCAUGGUGAUACAGUAACUGGGGUGACAAUUAUGCAAAUUAAGCCUAAAAGGUUUGAUGUAGGUCCAAUUAUUAAGCAGGAAAAGUAUGCUGUUCCUUCCCAGUGCACAGCAAAGGAACUAGAAGUAAUAUUAUCAAAGUUGGGUGCGAACAUGCUCAUUUCAGUUUUGAAAAACUUACCUGAAAGUUUAAAAAACACAAGAGAGCAACCAAAUGAAGGAGUAACAUUUGCUCCUAAAGUCACUAUUGCUGUGAGUUGUAUAAAAUGGGAAGAACAAACUCCUGAGCAGAUAUUACGACUACAACGUGCCAUAGGAGCUACAGUAAGACAAAAUAGUAGUAAUUUUUUGGAAGCUUUCCUUUAAGGUAAAUCUUACCCUAAUUGGGUAUUGAUGCUUUGGCCUUUUAAAUGGGGGCUUGGUUCUUUUUAGAGAGGCAAAGCAGUCAAGGUACAUGAGGAUCUCCUGAGUUCUAAUUCUAGCUCUGUUGUCAACUCACUGUGCCCUUCCAAGUUAUUUAACCUCUCUGCUUCAAUUUCCCUGUCAAUAAAAUGGGGAUAAUAUCUAUGGUACUUCAGAGAGUGCAUUCAUUCAAAGGACUGAUGCUAUAUUUGUGAAGUACUGCGUAAAGUUAUGGUUAACUGUUUUAAAGGAUGCAAAUGUAUCCUUCAGAUAUCUACUGCAAACAUGCCAGAUUUGUGUACACACAUUUCUUGUUUGUGAAGUGUUAAAAUUUCACAUGUAUAGGAGUUCUUGAGUCCUCCAUCCAAGUGUAUUUAGGUAUUUAUCAUUCACUGUUAGUGCUAGAGAGU